UUUCCGCCAUCUUAUAUCAAUAAACUUGUGUUGUGGUUUGGCUGGUGCAACAGAAUUGUUUAUAUUUUUAUAAGCAAACAAUUCAAGUGCAGAAAAUAUGAAAUAAGAACCAACCCUGUCAUGUUUAGAAUUCCUCCGACAAAACGAAGACGCCAAGUCCUAUUAAAUAUGGACAGUGAUUUUGAAAACGUCAUGUUAAACGCUUCUGAAUUCAUCAAGGGACGGCUGUUUUUCGUGUCUCUCAGCACGAAUAUCAAGCCAAAGUCGACGUCUACAGUCCACUACUUCUCGAUUGAUAAUGAGUUGAGUUAUGAUAGUUUUUACUUGGACUUUGGCCCCUUAAACCUGGCUAUGCUCUACCAUUACUCAGAUAAACUAAAGAAAAAACUAAACAAUCCCGCUUUUAUCAAUAAAAAAAUCGUCCAUUGCACCGGGCCAGACUUUCAAAAGAGGGCAAACGCUGCCUUUUUGAUCGGAUCUUACGCUAUAAUAUAUUUAGACUUGGAACCGGAGAAGGCGUUUGAAAUUCUAAAUCAAGGUUCUCAGAAGGACUACACUCAGUUUCGUGAUGCUUCCAUUGGACAGCCAUAUACCAUUUCAUUGCUAGAUUGUUUGAAAGCAGUUAAGAAAGCGUUACAUUUCGGUUUCUUUAACUUCGAGAGUUUUGACUUUCUCGAAUAUGAACAUUACGAGCGGGUUGAAAAUGGAGAUUUCAACUGGAUUGUUCCGAAUAAGUUCAUAGCAUUUUGUGGACCACAAAACCGAUCAAAAUUAUCCAAUAUUGGAUAUCCAGUACAUUCGCCAGAAACCUAUUUCUCGUACUUUAGAAGACAUAAAGUAUCUACUGUAAUUCGUCUGAAUAAAAAGGAUUAUGAUGCCAGCAAGUUUAUCCAGGCAGGAUUUGACCACAAAGAUCUGUAUUUUGUUGACGGCGGUACCCCAAGUGACAGAAUAAUGCAGAAUUUUAUCAACAUAUGUGAAAAUGCGAAAGGAGCUAUUGCGGUACAUUGCAAAGCAGGCCUAGGCAGAACGGGUUCUCUGAUUGCAUGCUAUAUAAUGAAGCAUUGGAAAUUCACAGCUGAGGAAUCCAUAGCUUGGAUUCGAAUUUGUCGACCAGGAUCAAUUAUUGGUCAUCAACAAAAUUGGCUCCAACAAAAAGAAAAUCAGUUAUGGGAAGCAGGUGACAUGUAUCGGAAAAGGGUUGGACUAGCGUCGCCUCCGAAAUGCGCUGUUGGAAUUUACAGCUUUUCCGAAUUGAAGAGGAAAAAAAGUCAGGACAAUGUUACUGGAAUUGUGAAGAAGGUAGACUGUAUGGAAAUAAAUGAUCCGCAAGAUAACUUGGACCAUGAAGAGACGCAAGGGGACAAACUGAACGUAAUCAAAGCACAGAGAAGUAGAUCAAAGUUUGCGUCAAAUAUGCCCCUUGAAAGGGAAAAACUACGCAGAGUUCAUGUCACAACUACUACAACGACCACAAAUAAUCAGACUGUUCUUCGAGGCGGAAAAGUCGUUACAUCUGCCGCCAGAGUUACUGGUUCAAGCACAAGUCGUGUCAUGACCAAAAGAAUCGAAGCCAAAGAAACCCCAACGAGAAAAAUGGCCACCACUAGAAAGUUGGUAACGACAAUUGUAAGUUCCGCUGAUAAAAUACAGCUGAACACCAGGCGAUCUGGCAAAAGCAGCGGAAUUUGCCAAAACGGCCUGGCGUUUAAAAACGGUCAUAUUAAACGUGAAGAGAUAAUCGGACCCAAACGUACAAAGCGAGCUUUAGUUAUUGAAAAAGAUAAAUCGCCUAGUCCGCGAUGUGUAAAGGUUUUGCGUCGAUCUCAUGUCAUUGGAUUCUCUUAUAGAGAUGAGCAUUGUGAAAAUCCCAACACUGGAAAAUUUUGCUUGCCCUCAGUAAAAGCGAAUAAAACCAUUUAAAUAUUUUACUAUUUUUGUCAAAUUAAUUAUUGGUGUACACAAUUUUAUGUAGCCUUUUCUGGGUCGUUUUUGUAGCUUUAUCUCAAUCCAUAGCCACAUGGUAUUAGAUCAGAUUCACUGACUGGGUAAAUCCGAAGUAAAUGCAAAUUCUACUUGAUCCACAAGUAAAUCUAUGCGUUGUCACUGGCUUAUAGUGAUUUUUUUUGGUAUACUUCCGAGUUCCAACAGUUUGAAUUACAAAUCUUUAUAGAAAAUAAAAAUGGCGUAUUUUAAAUUGUUGAGCCAAACUACAAAAAUAAUUGAUGAGCUGAAGUUUUCGCAUCUUUUGUAGUAGCAAUCUGUGUUAUUCCAUGUCCCAAUAUGUCUUACCUAUUGAUUUUAUAUUAAAAAUUGUUUUGAAAAAGUUGCGAAUGGGUGAUCAUUUCGGAAUUUUUACUGCCUGUUGAAAAUGUAAUUUACUGUUGGAAAAAUUUGAAUAUCCAUGUAUGACAUUUCGCGUUGAUGUUACAAUUUUCAGAAAAAUCACUUUUAUUACCGGUGGACUGUUUACAUAGCCACUUUUUGCGGCACUUUUUUGGCAGUCUGACUAGACCCAAAUGGUGGCAAAUUUAAAAUAGUUUACAGUUCAUCUCUAAACAUUUUAUCCUGUAUUGUGGAUAAUUUAGAACUUUAUAGACUGGAGUUCUGCUGGCACUUUCAGACCUGCUUAAAAUUUCCCACAAUAAAUAUGCUUUGAAACACGAUUUUCCGACUUUUAACCGAUUAACAAUAGCCAUCCUAUACACUCAUAUUUUUAUGCAGUAUAUUUUCUGGUUAUUCUAAGAGAUUUUCACAUGAAACCGCAUCAUUUUACAAGGUAGCAUGUCAAUACACUAAUAAUUCUGUUAUAUUAUAAGUGUUCUUGUUUAAUAUUGUGAGUAAGCUAAUGUAUUUGUUAGCAGUUUAAAUAACCAUAUUACAGGAUUAUAUUUUUAUAUAAUUCCUUUUAUCUCAAAUUAGAAUUAUGUUAUUAACAUAAAUGCAUGUAGACAAUAUGUUCUAUUGCAUUGUAUGUAGCGAGAAAUUGAUUGAUAAUGUUUGAAAGGUGCUUAGGAGCUCAUUGACGAUUUUUAUGUAGGCAUGACAUCGUAUUUUAAGGUUUCAUUUUCAUUGAAGUGCGUUCUUUGGGACAUUGAUGGUCGGAAACAGUAAAGUCUGAUUUAAAGACUUCAAUUAAAUUAUCAUUUGUAUGAACGUGUACACAUAUUUUAGGACACCUCAUAUAUGUAAUUAGGAGAUAAUUUCUUGACCGGUGCAAGAGCAAUUGAACAAGUUGUCUUGGUCUCAGUAGGGGUAAGAAAUAGAAUGUUUUUUUUUAGUUACACAAACUCAUUGUGAAUGUACGAGGCUUUGAGUCUGUUUUAGGAUAGGAAUUUUAAUGGUUUUCUACAUACUGUUAAUUUAAAUCAUUGCCUACGACUGACCCGGGAACUUAAUGUGACACAAGGAAACAAUUUAUUUCCCAAUUAAAAGGGUGUAAUAUUAAUAAAUCUGCACCCUGAUGAAGACAAAAAAAUUAAUUGCCGAAAGCUUAGCAGCUAGAAAAAUGUUCUGUUUCUCACCACUGCCCAGAUUGAAUACCCAAGACAACUUGUUCCAUUGUUUCAUAUAUAUAAUGUGUUAAUAGAUCUUCAUAUUUAUAUAUUGUAUAUAUUUAUAGUC